AUGUCCUCCGCUGAUAAAGACGCCGUCGCCAACACCGUCGCGGUUGAGACUGUCGCUCGGAAGAGUCUCCUUCGACCCAACGAGAAGCUCGAUCAUGCCAUCGCCAACUCCCAGCAGAACGGUCUUCCUGCCAUCGAGGUCUCCCCUCUUCAGGGUCAGUUCCUCGCCAUCCAAUGCCAACUUAUUGGCGCCAAGACGGUUCUUGAAAUUGGCACCCUCGGAGGCUAUUCAACGAUCUGGCUGGCACAAGCCGGGGCCAAAGUCACGAGCAUCGAAAUCGACCCGAAGCAUCGCGAUGUUGCGCUUCAGAAUGUUUCCGGCCUUGAUGUCGAGAUCAUUCUGGGUGCUGCCCUCGACGUUCUACCGAAGCUGGCCGAGGAGGGCCGCCAGUUCGACAUGGUGUUCGUGGAUGCUUCAUGGGGAGAGCAGGAGAAGUAUUUCGAUUGGGCGCCGACUCCCGCGGAGCGUCCCGAGAUGCCCGAACCUCAAGUCAACCUCACUGCAGCGGAGAUAUUGAAGCACCCAGCAUACAAGACCACUCAAUGGAACCUCAAGCCAACCGAAUCAGGGUUCGUAGAGGUUGCAGAGAAUAGACCCGGUGGCCCAUUCUCCCUCUGGUACGAAGUUCACGGCAAUGGACCUUUGAAAAUCGUCUGGAUCAUGGGGCUGGGUGCAACACGCAACAUGUGGAAACGGCAAACCAAGUUCUUUGGUCACGAACACGGCGACCGUUACAGCUGCCUCGUCUUUGACAACCGUGGCGUAGGCAAGUCAACGAAGCCAAACACGCGUUACAGCACCGCGGAGAUGGCUAGAGACGUGCUUGAAUUGAUGAAGCAGAUUGGGUGGCUGGAUUCCGACUCCCCGAGCUAUCCGCAGGACAUCAACAUUGUUGGAAUCAGCCUUGGGGGCAUGAUAGCUCAAGAGCUUGCUCUCAUCAUCCCACAAAGAGUGCAAUCUUUGAUUCUCAUUGCCACAGCACCACGUCUUGUGCGGACUGCCCCAAUCCUGGACCACACCCUACAGCGCGUCUUCAUGUUCUUGCCAUCAGGACUGGAUUCCGAACUCGACAAUAAAGCACGCAGAAUCUUCACCGAUAAGUUUCUAAGGCUUGCGGAUACCGGAUCGCUUGAUCCCGAGAGCAGUUUCCCGAACAAUCAUGACCGUUUCGUGGCUGAAGAGUUGGCAGAGCGAGAGGGGGAUACGGAUGUGGCACGCAGGAAGGGGAUCAUCCUACAAGCUGUUGCCGCCGGAUGGCACUACAAGAGCCCAGAGGAUCUGGCCAAGAUGGGCGACUUGAUUGGCAGAUCGCGCAUCAUGGUCCAGCAUGGUGAUCUCGACGAGACCAUCACGUUUCCGCACUUCGAGUUCUUCAAAACAGGGUUCGGUGAAGGACCGGAAUUCUUUGUCUGGGAUGGAUGCGGUCAUAUCCCAUUCGAAAAGCCAGAAGACUAUCACGGUGUGCCCGUUGUGACGCACGGAAGAGAGGUUGUCUACGACGCUGAAGACCCAAACCUUCCCGAAAUUUCCAAAUGGCUCAGCGCAAAUCCCAAUCGUAUCAAUUUGGGGCGUAUCAUGCUGGCGUACAAGACGCAGACUCUUUCCAACGUCACACACCCACGCCAAGAGCUCAACUUAUGGAACGGUGCGGUCACUUCGGUCUUCGAAGUUGAAGGUCAUGGUGUAAAAGUCAUUACCCAAGGUGACUUCGAGAGUGACUCUGUCACGUUUGAAAUCGAGUCAGAACUCAUUUCUUCCGGAGAUCUUACGGUUGAAUUCGACUUCCCGUUCCCUCCGAUUCACAAGGUCGAGAAAUCGUCCGACUUCGAAGUUUUCAUGGGGUCAUAUGACAUGCAAGAGACGUCCUACUAUCUAAAUUUGCGUUGGGCUCAACCCAAAAUGUCCCUGACUAGAAAAGUACCCACAGGAUCGAAUACGACCAUGGCUCAUCGAUAUGUUCUCUCGCCCGAUACCCGCAUCAAGAACGGAACUGCCUCAAACAAGAUAUCGCUCACAACCCACUUCGGGAUCGACCUCAAUACCCCAGAUUUGCCAUCAGACAUUCAAAAGCGCAACAGCCUCGGCUGGCAGCAGUACUGGGAGGAAGGAGGCUUCGUGGAUUUGACCGAGUCUUCAAAUCCCAACGCCACCGAGCUGCAACGUCGUAUCAUUCUGUCCCAGCAUGCCAUGAGGAUCAAUAGCGCUGCAACCGGCCAGCCACCUCAGGAAAGCGGCUUGGUCUACAACGGCUGGUGGGGCAAAUUUCAUCUGGAAAUGGUUGUGUGGCACUGCGCGCACUGGGUGACGUGGGGACGGCAGAAAUACUUCGACAAUAUCUUCCCGGCUGUCUAUGAGACUCUUUUGCCGAGCUCAGAGGAAAGGGCAAAACGAAUGGGCUGGAAGGGUGCUCGGUGGCCCAAGAUGACGGAGCUCGUUACCAAAGGCAUUGCACCCGGCCAAACUCGCGCGUUUCUUCAAUGGCAGCAAUCUCAUCCCAUGUAUUUGGCUGAACUCGCAUACAAGGCUAGUCCGACGAACGAAACGCUUACGCGAUGGGACCGCGUGUUGACGUCGACCGCCGACUAUAUGGCAUCGUUCGCCUGGCUCAAUAACGUGACGGGUAAGUACGACAUCGGGCCGCCGAUUCAAGGUGUGACCGAGAAUUCUUCUCCAACCGAAAUAUCAAACUUGGCGUAUGAGCUUGCAUACUGGCAGUGGGCUCUCAAAGCUGCGUGCGAAUGGAAACAAAGACUCGGGCAAUCGUGUCCUGCACAAUGGGCCACAGUAGCGGAUAACAUUGCCCCUCCACCACAAUUCGACGGCCUGUAUGCUCCUUGGGUCGGCGGGGGGUUGAAUGCGUCUUGGUGGGACGAUCCAACUUUGAAGAAGGAUCCGCGAAGUGUGAUUAUGCUUCAAGGCAUUCUGCCAGACACACCGAUCGUGGACCCAGAAGUUGGUCUUGCUACUUCAAACAAAGUCUCUGAGAUCUGGACCGAUGACCAGAUUCGAGGUUGGGGACGCAACAUCCUGGCGAUCAACUCCGCCCGCAUCGGAAAUCCUGACCGAGCCAUCUAUCACUUGUCCAAUUUCGGGUAUUGGACUUUUGGCGACCAGGGGUUCGCCCACCGGUCCGGCCCAAGUCCAUCGCCGCCACCAUACUUCCCCGGUAACGGAGGCUUCCUCCUAGCAAUCAGUUACAUGGCAGCUGGUUGGAAGGGGUCUGAAGGACACGCGCCAGGCUUCCCAAAAGACGGUACCUGGAUCGUAAAACAUGAAGGAUUGAUUCAGUCUCUGUGA